GACGUACAUCCAGACUCACACACUUGCAGUAGCUAUAGCUAGCUACGUGCUCGCUUGACCUACCGCCCGUCAGCAAUGGCGUCGGCUUCAUGCGGCCUCUUCCUUGCUCUUAACCUCCUCGUGUUUGCAGUGACCAGUGCGUGCCCUACCUGCGGCGGCUCGGGCAACAAUGGUGGACACGGCAGCAGCGGCGGAGGGCAUGGUGGUGGCGGCGGCGGAGGGUAUGGAGGCGGGGGUGGUAGCGGUCAUGGGGGAGGCGGUGGAUAUGGAGGUGGAAGCGGCGGGAGUGGUGGAGGGAUCAUCGGCGGCAGCCCCGGUGGUGGUAUCAUCGGCGGCAGCCCCGGUGGUGGCAUCAUCGGCGGCCCUGUGGGUGGGAUCAUCGGCGGUGGGAGCGGAGGUGGUGGAAGUGGCGGCGGCGGCGGCGGGUAUGGAGGAGGCGGCGGCGGAGGCAGCGGUGGCGGGACGAGCGGAUGGUACGGCAAGUGCCCAACGGACGCGCUGAAGCUGCACGUGUGCGCCAACGUGCUGGACCUGAUCAAGGCGAAGGUGGGCGUGCCUCCAUUGAACGACCGGUGCUGCCCGCUGCUCAACGGGCUCGUCGACCUGGACGCCGCCCUCUGCCUGUGCACCGCCAUCAAGGCCGACGUGCUCGGCAUCCACCUCAACCUCCCCAUCCACCUCAGCCUCAUCCUCAACUUCUGCGGCAAGGGCGUCCCGACCGGCUUCAUGUGCCCUAACUGACAACCGUGGCACGCAUGAUCGAUCCCUCCACAUCCACAUCAAGAGGUCACCUCCAUGCAUGCAUGGAUGCGUUCAAUAAUCAACACUAUUGUUGCUUCGAUUUAGCUGUUUCUCUGAAUUUGUUUCGUAACGUUUGAGUUUUGUAGCUUGUACUAGCUGCCCAUUGCAUUUUGGCGGGCGACGGAAUUCUUGUUUGAACAUGAAAGGCGCACGCCAUCUAAUGAAUUUUAGUUUUUCUUGA